CGGAAACGUCACUUCCGCUCACUCCACAUAGUGAAACUUACGCUGCUGUUGCUCUUUAGAGAAGCUCCAUCAGCAGACCAUCGCAGCCAGGUAAACCAGGCAAAGUACUGUAUUCAGUCCCACGAUGUCCGGGCACGGUCACGGACACGGGCCGGGGCACAGCUGCGGGUGUGCGGGGGAGCAUGAGCCCGCAGAGAGGGGCCUGGAGUACGGACUGUACCGGCGGAUCGACCUGGAGAAGCUGCAGUGCCUGAACGAGAGCAGAGACGGGGACGGGAAGCAGGUGUUCAAACCGUGGGACCAGCGGAACGAGAGGGACAAGUAUGUUGAAAGUGAUGCAGACGAAGAGCUGCUGUUCAACAUCCCUUUUACCGGCAGCGUCAAGCUAAAAGGCAUCAUCAUAUCUGGAGAGAACGAUGACUCUCAUCCCGGAGAGAUCAGACUGUAUAAGAACAUCCCUCACAUGUCCUUUGAUGAUACAGGAAGAGAACCAGAACAAGCCUUCAGACUCAACAGAGACCCCCUUGCGGAGCUGGAAUACCCAACAAAGAUCGCUCGUUUCUCCAAUGUUCAUCACCUCUCCAUUCACAUCUCAAAGAACUUUGGAGAUGAGAACACCCGGGUUUACUACAUCGGCCUUAGGGGAGAAUACUCAGAGGCUCACAGACAUGAAGUGACGAUCUGUAACUACGAGGCAUCGGCAAACCCUGCGGAUCACAAAGUGGAGAGCAUCAUCCCACAAACCAACUUCAUUUCCUGAGAGCUUCAGAGCGUCAGGAGGAAGAAGAUGAGGAUGAGGAGGAUUAGAAGGAAGGUGUCAUUGGCGUCUGCUUGACUGAAGUCAAAUAAAAAGUUGAGCUUAGCUGAGGUCUGCAGCAGGUUGCUUAAACUUGAUGGGGGGGGGGCUGAGCACAGAAAUCUCAAGACCAGAGAGCUCCUGUGUGUCUGGAAGUGCCAAGUUGUUGCGCUGUUUUCUACUUUGAUAAAGAGAGAGGGCUUAAUGUGGCAGAAAGCUUCAUAAUAAAUGCAUGAAACCUAUCACGCUCAUAUACAGUCUGUUUCUACCUGUAAUCUCUCAUUCUGAAGAUAUUUACCACUUUAAUAUUGUGGAGGCUGCUCUUGAAUAAAAUGCUGAAGGCUGGGAAUGAAUUAUGUGAUAGUACUUUCUGGUUACCAUAUCCACAUCCUCAAUAUGUUACAUUUAAUCAAUGAUUUCUCUGUAUAAAAUAAACAUGCAAAGAGGUUUAAUGUGCACUGAAAUAUCUGAAAAAAUGACAAACAUCUAAAACACACUCCUUAAAUACACAUUUUAAGCCACUUUGUACACAUGAGCACCAUUUAAACACCACAAAGUGUACUUAACACCUGCUAUAUUACCCUAUUUGCCAUUUAUAAAAUCAAUAAAGUCAGUUAUUUCUGCUGGA